GGAAAACGCGUGCAGGGAUCCCCACGUGUCCGGACGCGGUUGCCGGGCAGACGCAGGGAAAUCAACACAACAUCAAAUACACGCCGUGCCUGCAUUAGACUCGCUGUCUCCCGCACCCCUUCCACCUGUCUGGACAUCAGCAUAGAAUAAAAUCACCGUCACACGCGCCUACUUUCUCCCCAACGCAAUUGUUACCCCGCACAAAAUGGCAAACGCGAACGUCGCCCAGCGUCUCCAGAAGGAGCUCAUGGACAUUAUGACCAAGCCCACACCCGGCAUAACCGCCUUUCCCGACGACGAAAACAUGACCGUGUGGACUGCCACCAUCGACGGCCCAGUCGACACACCCUACGCCAACCUCGUCUUCAAGCUGUCCAUGGAGUUCGCCAGCAACUACCCCUACAGCCCGCCGACCGUCCUCUACAAGACGCCCAUCUACCACCCCAAUGUCGACUUCUCGGGCCGCAUCUGCUUGGACAUCUUGAAGGACAAGUGGAGCGCCAUCUACAACAUCACGACUGUAUUGCUGAGUCUCCAGAGUCUGUUGGGGGAGCCAAACAACUCAAGUCCGCUCAACGGUCAGGCCGCAGAGCUCUGGGACAAAGACCCCGCCGAAUACAAGCGCCUCGUUCUUGCACGCCACAAGGCACCUGAGGAACUGGACGCCUGAGUGCCUUCGCCACUUCCACUUUGAUCCGGCGCUGCCUCACGGCUCGGUGCGUCUGACAUUCGGUCCGGCACGCGCCUGACGGCACAGUCGUUGCGCAUCUUGAGCGAGGCGUUGAACGCGGGCCAGAUGCUUGUCGUCAACCUUUGACGAUAUGCGCCUGGCACUCAGCGGUCGGGUUAUGAAACGAACUUUGCUUUUU